AUGGGAUAUGGGAUAUGGGAUAUGGGAUAUGGGAUAUGGGAUAUGGGAUAUGGGAUAUGGGAUUGGACACAAGCUGCUGAUCAGCACCCUAAUGACCAACGGGGCCGACACCGCCCGGCGCGGUAUCCACGACAUGUUCCCGCUGCACCUCGCCGUGCUCUUCGGCUUCUCCGACUGCUGCCGCAAACUGCUGUCCUCAGGCCAGCUGUACAGCAUCGUGUCCUCGCUGAGCAACGAGCACGUGCUGUCGGCCGGCUUCGACAUCAACACCCCGGACGGGCUGGGCCGGACCUGCCUGCACGCGGCGGCGUCUGGAGGGUGGGACAUGGGGACACCGGGGUGA